GGCGGCCACGAAUGUUGAGCUCGACGGGGCUCGGGGUUCGGACGGAGGAGGACGAGGAGGUGGUGGGAGAAGAAGAGUGUGUUGUGCGACGAGCGAGCUAGCGAUCGACUCAUGACUUUUACAAGUCGUGGGCGAGCAGAAUAGGGUAGAUUUGCGGAGAAUUUUGUCGGCAAUGGGGAGGCAGCAAUUCGAAGUGCUGAAGGGCCUGGUGAGGCGAUCGCUUCGACGCCGAUUUUGCAGCUCUCCGCGAUCGGCGACGGAGGGUUUUGUGGUCGACGGGGCGAAGCCCUCGCAAAGCUCUGCCAGUCUGAAUUGUGGUUCUGCCUUAAACCCUAGAUCGCAGCCAGCUUCUCCUUUUCCCCCUUCCUCUUCUGCUCAUUCUCGUCCUCUCCAGGACGGGCUUGGUAAAGAAUUUUCAUUCCCUCCCAAUUCUUUCUUGCUUCCCGAGAAUUUACCGCCUUUUCGACAAGAGGGUUUGGAGCAGUUUUUCCCGAUUCAGUUUAGGAGGAGGAUUGGCGUAGCUUUGGGUUCGGGACCUUCUUCAGUUCUACUUCUCGGGAACAAUGUUGGCAAAAUUUUUGGUUCUAUUCCGACUGUGUCAAGAGGAUUUGCUGGCUUGGCGGGGGAAGGAUCUGAGGCUGAGAAGAAGGUAGGAGAGUCAGUAGCUGCCGAUGGACUCAGGGAAGAAGGACAGGGAGGGGACGAGGGACUCACAGCCAGUGUGAGUGGCAGGGAGACUCCUGUGAAGAAACCGAGGAGGAGGAAAGCGCAGGUGCUCGAAAGCGAUGGAGAAGUUGGGAUCGUUGCUGAUGGCUCUCGGAAAAGUACUCGGAAUUCGGACAGACUUUCCGAGGAUAAGAAAGAGGGCAUUGCUGCCGCGAGCCCGAAAAUAUUCGGAGCAGAAAUCACCCCGAAUGAGCAGGAGUUACGUAUGACAUCUUUUACUAGUGUUGUAGAGGAGCACCUGAAGGAUCUGGACAAAGAAAAGACGGCCAAGGUCACAGGUAGAAGUACGGGGGAGUCGACAAACGGCAACCCCGGCGCAAGCUUCAAAGCAGGAAGUGUCUCGGCCGUCAAUGCACCGGUGGAUGGAGCAGAUUACACUGACCCAACUCAGGUGUACCGCAUUCUGCAAGGAAGCAAAGGGGGUAGAGCAUUUCAGGGCCAGGAAAGAGUAAAAUUGAACAGCUUAUUUUAUCGGUUCUCUGUGUCCGGAUGGGUUUCCGAUCAAGCCCUGUCGUUGUACAUCAACUCCAAGUUUUUCCAUACUGCGGCUUCAAAAUUUCGGAAGUUUUUCAUGCACCGAUCUUCGCCAGAACUGCGGUCUUAUGUCGUAGCGAAAGGGGCUACCAACGAUGCCUUGCAGUUUUUGUUUCCAAGUUUCGCAGAGUUUUGCAUACAGGAGUUUUCCGAUGAAAUACGGCGGUACCGAGAACUUGUGAGCACUGCGGAUAUGACAAAACCUGACGCCUGGUACCCGUUUGCCAGAGCAAUGAAACGUAAAGUGGUAUAUCAUAAGGGUCCAACUAACAGCGGCAAGACGUACAAAGCUUUGAAAAGACUUAUGGAGGCACAGUCAGGGAUAUAUUGCAGUCCUCUUCGCCUCCUUGCCAUGGAGGUCUUUGAUACUGUCAACAUGCAAGGAGUUUAUUGUAAUCUCCAUACAGGACAGGAGAAGAAAGAUGUGCCGUUUGCUAACCACUUGGCAUGCACGAUCGAGAUGUGUUACCUAAACAAGCAGUGGGAAGUAGCCGUUAUUGAUGAAAUUCAGAUGAUGAGUGAUGAGUAUCGCGGAUGGGCCUGGACGAGAGCAUUUUUGGGUUUGCAAGCGGACGAAAUCCACGUUUGUGGAGAUCCUAGCGCUCUUCCUCUUAUCCGCAACCUCUGUGCUGGUACGGGUGAUGAAUUGGUGGAAAACGAGUACGAGCGUUUCAAACCCUUGAAGGUUUCAGAGGAAUCUCUUAGGGGUGAUUUUAGAAAUAUACAAGCUGGUGACUGCAUUGUGGCUUUCUCUCGCAGGGAUAUCUUUGAUAUUAAACGAGAGGUGGAAUUGGCUACGAAGCACCGGUGUUGUGUGGUUUACGGGGCUCUACCUCCGGAGACAAGAACCCAGCAGGCAAAGCUUUUCAACGAGCAGGACAAUGGGUAUGAUGUCCUGGUGGCAAGUGAUGCCAUUGGUAUGGGACUGAAUUUGAACAUUCGACGUGUUGUUUUUUUUUCCCUUGACAAGUUCGAUGGAGAUUCGAAGAAGCCGGUGCCACCAGCUCAGGUCAAGCAAAUAGCGGGCAGAGCGGGCCGAAGGGGCAGUAUAUAUCCGGAGGGAGUGACUACCACAUUUUUUUCUCAGGACCUGGCAUACUUAGGCAGUUCCUUGUUACAAGACUUUGAGCCGUCCACUGCUGCAGGCCUUUUUCCCGUAUACGAGCAGGUGGAGCUUUUUGCUAGCCAGCUUCCGAAUGAGAACUUUGCUAAGCUUCUCGAGCGGUUUUCUGAAACCUGCAAACUGGAUGGUGCAUACUUUCUCUGUCGCUAUGACAAUCUUAAGAGAGUUGCCAACAUGCUAGAGAAGGUGAAAGGAUUGUCGUUGGAGGACCGUUUCAAUUUUUGUUUUGCACCGGUAAAUGUAAGAGAUCCACAAUCGAUGGGAGCUCUAUAUCGUUACGCAACUGCAUUCAGUCAGAAAAUACCUGUUCAUGUCGAAAUGGGUGUACCUUCAAGCUCUGCUAGAGACGAGUUCGAGCUUCUUGAUCUCGAAGCACGACAUCAGGUAUUAUCAAUGUAUCUGUGGCUGAGUCAACAUUUCCCUGGAGAUCUUUUUCCUCAAAAAGAAGAGGCCGGAGAAAUGGCAUCACAAAUUGCAGUCCUUCUAGGGCAAUCGUUGGUGCAGUCUUCUCGCCGUUGGUCCAAGCGUAAGUUACCCUCUACUCAUAAUAGAGGAAGACCGCCUCCAAAUAUGGGAACCACUUUCAGCAGGAAAAGCAGCAAUUCCUGGAAUGUGGGGACACGCAAUGUAGGCCCCGCGGAGAACGUUGUUCGAGUCUAGGCUCGUAUUUCCUCGAGAGGGCUUUGGUCGGUCGUCGUGCGCCGAGCCUUCGGAACAAUUUUGUAUGAACAUUCUUUACUGGGGGUACAAAUGGUUGAAGGUCAGCGAUGUGUGGGACAUAAGCUUGUCAGCGACUUCCUUUCAAUAUACACCCAGAUCCUGUUGAGAUUUGAGUAGUUAAGUUCAGCGGGGAAAGGCAGGUGCAGGUUGUAGUUAUAACUCAAAUCAUGUCCACUUUUCUGGCCCCGCGCCUCCCACUUUGCAUUUUUUGCUCCUCGGAGAUUGAGCUCCCUGAAGCACCCAAUGAGUGUACAGAUAUGACCAGUAUUAUAAUCUUUCUUUAAUGUGGUCUUAUGGUAACGCGGAUACUGACGAGAGUUUUGUAUUUGGGAGUAUAGAAGGCGAAGUGCCUUGAUUUUGGCAGAUUAAUAACUUCGAAAUAAUAAAUCUGCACACGUUU